CCCGCCCCCAUUGUCGCCACCAUCACGACUGUCAAUUUCCUAUUCAAUCACUUUGAUCGGUACAAAUUCUUCCUUUCUUACUGCUGCUCCUCUUAGUUAUUGUUUUAAGUUAUGAAAUUGGCACCAACGAAGUUGACCCUGUUUGCGAAGUGAAUGAUCCAAUUACGCAGGGCUGCUUUGUAUGCCCUUCAAUCAAACCACUGUAAUAUAAUCAAGUCAGGAACCAUCGGGGAUACUUACACUGCCAACAUUCUAUUAACAGGUUAUGUCAAAAACCCACAACUACAACUUGCCCACAAGUUGUUCGAUGAAAUGCCUCAGAGAGACGCUGUUUCAUGGAACUCGUUAAUCUCGGGAUACGUCAACCACGGGGUUCUUGAGAGCACCUGGGCAGUUCUAACGCGUAUGAAACAUUGUGGGUUUUGGUUUGAUGAGUACACAUUUGGUAGCAUACUCAAGGGUGUUGGUUCUAAUGAGUGUCUCUUUGCCGGGCAGCAAUUGCACGCGUGUAUCGUUAAAACAGGGUAUGAACAGAAUGUGUACUCGGGGAGUGCUCUUUUGGACAUGUAUGCGAAAUGUGGUAGAGUGAACGAUGCACGCAAGUGUUUUGAUUGCAUGCCUGAGCGUAAUACUGUGUCGUGGAAUGCUUUGAUUUCGGGAUAUGUUGAAACCGGUGACCGUUUCAGUUGUUUUUCGUUAUUCAAAUCUAUGCAUCGGGAAGGCGUGAGGCUUGACGAUGGCACGUUUUCUCCCCUUUUGACGUUAUUCGAUAGCCCUGAUUUAUAUAAACAAACAGUGCAAGUCCACUGCGCGAUUAUAAAACAUGGCAUGUUAUCUGAUUGCUCUGUACUUAACGCCACAAUCAGUGCUUACUCGGGAUGUGGGUCAGUCGAAGAUGCAAAGAAAGUCUUCGACAGCGCAAGUGAUGAGCGGGAUAUUGUCAGUUGGAACGCCAUGCUGGCGGCUUAUCUGGAACAUGAUAAACGGGUCCUUGCGUUUAACCUUUUCUCUAUGAUGCAAAUAUUGGGAUUCGAACCGGAUAUUUAUACGUACACUAGCAUGAUAAGUUCUUGCUUUGAAGAAGAAAUUACAAACCAAGGACAACCUUUACACGCAUUGGUAAUCAAAAGAGGCGUUGAGCGUUUGAUACCGGUUUCUAAUUCAUUGAUGGCUAUGUAUAGUGGAUCAAAUGGCGUUUAUAUGGAUAACGCGAUAAGAAUAUUUAACGAAAUGGAGGUUAAAGACCAUGUUUCUUGGAACUCAAUGUUAACAGGACUCUCGCAACAUGGGUUUAGUGAGAACGCGUUGAAGCUUUUUCAAAUAAUGCAAUCUGGGAAUGUGGGGAUGGAUUAUUACGCGUUUUCUACGGUCCUUAGAUCUUGCGCGGAUGUGGCAGCCUUACAGUUAGGUCAACAGAUUCACGCUUUGGCGCUAAGAUCGGGUUAUGAGUCUAAUGAAUUUGUAACGAGUAAUUUAAUAGUUAUGUACUCUAAGUGUGGGACUAUUGAGGAUGCUAGAAGAUCAUUCGAGACUUCAUAUAAGCAGAACGCGGUUACUUGGAACUCGAUGAUGUUUGCAUACGCUCAACACGGUCAAGGGCAUGUUGCGUUGGAUCUUUUCUCUCAGAUGAAAAUAAGUAAAGUGAAAAUGGAUCAUAUAACUUUUGUUGCGGUUCUAACAGCAUGCAGUCACAACGGUUUAGUCGAAAAAGGAUACGCCUUUUUAAAAACUAUGGAAUCUGGUUACGGAAUUUCACCGCGAAUGGAACAUUACGCUUGUGUGAUCGACUUAUAUGGACGGGCGGGUCGUCUCAAAGAGGCAGAAAACAUUGUUAAAGAAAUGCCGUUUCAACCUGAUGCAAUGGUUUGGAAAACGUUAUUAGGGGCGUGUAGAUUAUGUGGUGACGUUGUGUUAGCUACACGCGUGGGGAAGUUGUUAUUGGAAUCGCAGCCGUACGACCAUUGUACUUACGUUCUUUUGUGUGAGUUAUAUGGUCAUCUUAAGUGGUGGGAUGAAAUUGCGGUUUUAAAGAGAACGAUGAAAGAAAAGGGGGUCAAAAAGAUGCCCGGUUGGAGCUGGAUAGAGGUUGGGAACCAGAUGCAUGCAUUUCAUGCUGCUAGCCGUUCACAUACUCGAAACGAGGAUAUACGUCAAAUGCUGAGAACACUAACAAACGAUAUUGCGUAUUUAGAUAAUAUUUAUGAAUAACUGUAACAUUGGAUCAAAAAUAUCAAAUCUUGAUCACUACAAGACCUUUCAAGAUCUUAAGUCUGAUCGCAAUUAGCAAUCUUUUCUUCCUUUAACUUUGACUUUGACUUGUACUUUGACUUUCGAAACACGGGGUGUUACAUAACAUAAUAGAUUGGUGUCUGGACGCCUUUUCAUUUCAAUCCAGUUGCAGCAUCGAUGCAUAUCUUGAGGCGUUUCAUCCAUGUAAGACUAGGAUUGUCCAAAUGUUUAUCGAGACUUCCAUUACAAGCAUGCUCGCGUGCAUGCAGACCCACAUGUGAAUAUUAUGCAUUAAUAUGUGUAUUCAAAUGUAAACAUGGAUAAUCAGAAUGGAAAUAUGGAUUUAUUUAGGAUCCAAAACAGAUCAGAAACCCAUGGUCAUUCACUCAUUCACCUAUCAGCCUUCUACAGAAGCUAAAUAGGCGGUAAGCAUCCGCAUUAGGUAAUUUUCAUAUCGUUUAGUUUUUUGUUCUAAACAUGAAGAGUUUUACUUAUUAGGAUUUUUUUCUUAGUUUUAUUAUUCGGGUGAUCUAAAACUGCACCCAUGGUUUUAAAAAACGCUUGAGGCGUGCCUUGAGGUGAAACGACCAAACAACGAGUAUGAGGCACGCCUCAUGCGGUUUUUAUUGUAUAUGCGCCUCAGAGGGGCUGGGGCGCUA